AAUUGCCACGCUUUCUUCUCGUUGGUUCCUAUAUUUGCCCAGGAAUUCCCAGAAUUUUAUACAUCAAAAGUGUUCAAAAUAGGACCGCGUUAUGAAUAAAUCUAGAAAUGCGAGGAAUGAAAUUGAAGAUCACAAUUAAUCUCUAGAUCUAUUCGAAUAAACAUGGCGAUUUCAUAAAAAUGGGUUGACUUGUUAUUGCAAGUGAUUGUGAUUUUAGUUAUCAACAUACGAAAUGAUUCUUACAGCGUGUACGUUUGCACACGUUAGUUAGAGCAUUGGUAAUGCGCAAGUCGCUUAAUAAAUAUGCGAUUUGUAUUAUCACUGUGUCCUUGUCGCGUAGGUGGGCGAUUAUCUCCAUAAGUAGGACAAUUUUGACAGGGGAACUUGGUUAGUUGGGAUCGCGGUGGCUACAAGAAUACCCCGUCUUUAUGAUCGUCGAUAACAUGAAAGACUUCGAAAAGAGAAGAUGCGUGAAAUUAGGCCUCUGAUGAACUGAAAGUGAAUAAAAUAUAAGCCGAAGAAAUGAGUUGGUUACGAAGUAGUCCGCUGAGAACUAGUUUCAGCAAGCAACGAUCGAGAGACUCUCCGCCAAAAGACGCUGAUCCGUCGGCAUGCUAUGACAGCUUUUGUAAACACUGGCAACAAGCUCACGAAAUCAUCUUGCACACGUCUCCGCUUAAAGGAGUACCGAAUCAAGAUGAUGUUCUUGGAGUUGUUAAUCACAUAGAUCACAUGAUAACACUUUUAGUGUUAGAAUUGCGAGAUUCUUAUUCUCAUACCAAUUACAGACAAUCAACAACAGCAACGCAUUCUCCUUGUUUGGAAUAUUUACUAAGCGAAAACCUUCUUGUUAAACUAUAUGACUGGAGUAUACAUACUGGAAGAUUUAAUAAUGCUGUACGUUUGGAACAAUUAAAGCUUUAUGAACUAUUAGUAUCGCAUAAUAGUAUUCUUCUUGCUCAUGAACCAGUUGCCAGGCCACUGUUACGAUUACUCGAGGAUUGCGCGAACGAUAUUAUGCCAUUAGAAGUAGAAAAGAAAUUGGUAGUGCUAUUAAAUCAAUUGUGUGUUACUUUAAUGCAAAAUAUGGCAUUGCUCGAUCUGUUCUUUCAUCCAACAGCAGUAGCGAAAAACAAAUUUAUUAUUUUUACACUGUUAAUACCACACGUGCAUAGAGAGGGUGGUGUAGGACAGCAAGCACGCGACGCCAUGUUACUUUGUAUGUCUCUGUCUAAAAAAAACGAUGAAGUUGGAGUGUAUAUCGCAGAUCAUUCUAAUAUAUGCCCCGUAUUAGCUACAGGUCUAAGUGGACUGUAUUCGCUAUUGCCUAGAAAAUUAGAUAUCGAAACGGAUGAUUGGCAUAGAUUGACGCCAGACGAUGUUAACGAUUUACCAGCACUAAUGCACUUAAUGAAUUCUCUGGAGUUUUGCAAUGCUGUUGCACAAGUUGCACAUCCUAUGGUUCAAAAACAAUUACUAGAAUUUUUAUAUCAUGGCUUUUUGGUACCUGUAAUGGGUCCAGCUCUGUUGCAGGAUUCUCUUGGUUUGACCAUAGAACAACUAGAUGCACAAGAACAUUGGACAACUGUGGAAGAGUUAGUUGCAGCAACAGCAUAUUUUGACCUCUUUCUUCGAUCCGUAACCGAUCCUGGUCUUUUGCGAUCGCUUGUUAGAUUUUUACUCGAAGAUAAUUACGAUGAGUGCAGAAUAUUGGACAGUCUUAUUCAAAGGAUAUCUUCCAGAUCGCGGUUGUGCAUAGUAACUCUGGCGCUGUUUGAAACAUUGGUAAAUUUAAACUGUGAAGACGUUAUGUUAGAAUUAUGCUUAGGCGCGUUGAGUCCCUGUUCCCACGUGAUGCUUUCUCAGCGUAGAAGGUUAAGGGACGUGGAUCCGUUCGGACGCGCCGCUGAAAAAUUUUUAUCACUGAUGCCAAAUUGUUGUUCGCCACUUGCGUCCAUGAAUUCGCAAUUCAAUUCUUUGCCUAAUAACGUGGCGCAAGAGAAACAUUCGAACGCCACGUCCGAACCAUUGAAAUCGUUGCCCGCGUCCAUAAAUUACGGUGCCAGAUCGUCGGAUAGUUUGUAUGGAAAUUAUCAUGCGUAUUUAUGCGACGCUCGACAGAAAAUAAGAGCUUGCCGAACCGCGUGUUCCAGCUGGUCGUAUCAGUACUAUGGAGAAUUGCCUAACAAUAGUACAACCAGCAGCGCGGCAACAUUGAUAGAUGAUAGUGUAUUGUUAGAUAAGCCUAAAAAAAGAUCCGAUGCAACCAAGGCUUUGUCGUUAGAAACGUUAAAGCGAUCGACGCUUGCCAAUGAAAUUAGCGAAAAUUUAUCGAUGGAUAAUAUGGUACUUAAUAUUCAAACCUUGUUGGAUGGAAAAGAAUUACAUGCAGUAGAAAAAGAUGUAAAAACAGAAUCCCUCGCGGUAACAGGAAUAGAAUUGUCGUUGGAAGAACAGGUGAAAUUGGAUGCAGAUAUUGCUGAAUUGUUAAGCGAGGACACUGGAAUAUUAGAGUCUAUUAAGGAAGUUUCGUUGGUAGAUAAAAAAGAACCUGAUAGUGUUAUCGACGAUUCGAAUACCGCCAUGAACUCGCUGUUGUCGUUAGGGGAAAGUAGCGGGUACGAAAGUUUCGCGUUUAAGGGUUCGUCGGAGUCAACUCCGGAUAACGAACCUAGCGAAGAUCGGAUAAGCGAACACGAAAAGCUAGGCAUUGAAUCAAACAAAGAGCAUGAUAUAUUUCUUCACAAUAUUAUGGAAUCGAGUUCGAUCACACCAGAAGAUUUAACGGCAAAUAAACAAAGUAAAGACGGCUAUCGUCAAGAUGUAUUCAACGGGCAGCCGAAUGUCGGCAUAUUUUUGGACGUUCUUUUACGAAAGCUCGAAUGCAUGACAAGCAAUAAUUUAUAUGUUAAUUUACAUUUAACCGGACUUAUCAGUAGACUGGCGAUUUACCCUCAGCCUUUAUUGCAAUCGUUUCUUUUAAAUCAUUCCCUGGUAUUUCAACCGAGUAUUAGAUCACUGUUCCAGGUACUCGCAUCGUUGAAACAUAAAAUAGAUCAGUAUCUUUCUCAGCAUAAUAAUGUGGAUGCAUUGGUAGAACAAGCGCGGCUAUUUUUGAUUAGUCGUGAAGAUAAAUUAGUGAACGCGAGAAAAAAUGCAUUAGAGGCUGCUGCCCACUCUGUGCCUGUUAAAAGAAAUUCUUUAAGCGGGGAGUCAUUCUCGAGAGGCGAAAGCAAAAGAUGGAGUUUAACGUCGUCUUUUACACAAAUGCUUCGAAGGUCGAGCGGUAGCUCUGGUUCGAAUAGUUUAAUUGGUACUAUUAAUCAACCAACUGGUAUGUCGGAAAAUCAGUUAGAAGCUAUUGGACAUGGUUCCGGAUACCGGUAUUCUACGAAAACGUCCUGGGAAUCCCCAAACGAAGUAAGUCCAGUACAAAAUGUGGUCUUAUGUGCAGUUAUAUUAGACGAAUGGUUAAAAGAGUUGGCCGCUAUUACACAGGAACAUGCCAUUAUGUCUUUUACACAUAGCCUGGAGUUUAAAAUUUAAUAUGUAAGAUGACACAAGAUCACAAAUUAAAAUUCAGCUGACGAUAGGAUAAUUCUAUUGAGAAAAAAACACUUUCCCCUUUUUGCAGGGUUUUAAUAAAUAAAUAUGUGAUAUACUGCUAGAUUUAUAAAUAAUAGAAAUAAUCAUACUAUAUCGUAUAGAAUGAUUAUCUUGAUUUAUUGCCCGAUAAAAUAUAAUAAUAUACACAGUAUGUUGCUGCAUAUACAAAAAUUAUAACUCUAUUUUAUUUUGCAAAUAUAGAAACGACAAAUUAAGUAGUUAACGCAAAAUGUUGUAGAUAUAUUUGUGUUUCUGUUAAUGUUAUUAAUUGGAAACAGAAAUUACGUUACGUUAACGUCGUGUUAACGGAAGAGUAUAAUAUACAAACUUUUAUUUCAUAGGCGAUAUCAAAGUACUAAUUAAUAUUUAAACAUAAUCGGCCGAAUCUUAUUGCGAAGACUGACAUUUAGAGCAAUUUCCCAUAUGAUAUUUACACACUACAUUAUUGCAGAAUUUAAUUAUUUUUUAUUACAUAUAUAACAAAUCGAAUUUAUUAAUAAAUUUUGUUUGUAAUUAUGUUUGAAUCUGUG